GUUUGCCUAAAUUUAUUUAGGCAUCCUGGUUAUUUUGGUAAAGUGGGCAUGCGUCAUUUUCAUUUGACGAAACAAAGGUACUAUCGACCGAUUAUCAAUCUGGACAAGCUCUGGACUUUGGUGAGCGAGCAGACACGGAAGACGUACGCUAAGCGUGAAGAUAAGAAGGUGCCAGUCAUAGACGUCGUCAGAGCGGGUUACUACAAGGUAUUAGGAAAAGGUCGUCUUCCGCAGCAGCCGGUCAUCGUGAAGGCCAAGUUUUUCUCACAACUAGCCGAGCAGAAGAUUAAGAAAGUGGGCGGAGCUUGUGUACUUACAGCAUGAGAACUGCAUGGGAGCUUCUUUUUCCGUGUGUACUGUACCUAUUCGUCAAUUUAAAUAUACAAAUCUACUGUA